GGAUUUUCGGGUUCACAAGCGAACAUACGUAUACAGCUAUUCAUCAAUACAUUCAAACAUCGUUACAUCUUCGUCCAUCUCAUUCUUUUCGUUGACCCUUGCAUUCCACCCCAUUCAUUUUCUAGCGCAUGUAGCGCUUAGUGGACCUGCCGAGCCUUUCAAAACCCCCAAGGGCGCGGAUUUGUGAAGAGCAUAUACAUCGAGCCUGAGGACCGGCUUCAAUCAAUCUACGACGACUUUAGAAAUUGUUGUUGGAAAGGAGUUGCAACAGGCAAGAUGGCCAGCGGAAGAUCGACAAUCAUCAGGCCGCCGCCCGAUGACCCCAACAAGGCACCGAUUGAGAACGUCUUGGAGGUGACGGAGCUCGGUGUGCUUGGUCCGGACAUCUUCACCAACACGCGCCAACCGUGGCACCCGCCCGGCGCCCGGGGCAUCUUCGGCGGCGCCGUUAUCGCCCAGUGCCUCGCAUCCGCGCAGAAGACGGUCCCCAACGACUUCUUCAUCCAUUCGUGCCACUGCUACUUCCUCCUCGCGGGCUCCUCCGAGAUCCCCAUUCUGUUUCACGUUGAACGCGUGCGCGACGGCCGCUCCUUCGCGACGCGCACCGUGCAGGCCCGCCAGCGCGGGCGCUGCAUCUUCACGACGACCGUCUCGUUUGUCAAGGAGGGCAGCGGCGGCGAGAAGCAGGUCCGCCACGCCGCGCCGCUGCCCGAGGGCGUGAGGCCGCCUCCCGCCGAGUGGAACGGCGAGCCCGAGUGGAACACGCACUCGCCCUUCCAGACGCACCGCAUCUCCAUGGUCGGCGCCGACGAGGGCAAAAGGCUCGACAAGAUCAAGAGCCACAACUGGGUGCGCGCGCGCGGCCGCAUCUCGGUCAGCGGCGGCCACCAGGCCCACCUCAACGCCCUGGCCUACAUGUCGGACAGCUACUUCAUUGGCACCGUCGGCCGCAUCCACAAGCUGUGGAGGUUCCCCUUCAAGCCCGAGGAGUUCGACGACCUGCCGCCCGAGAUGAGGGAGCAGGUCGAGAGGCUGAACGAGUUUGAGGGCAACAACGAGCCCGGCGGCAUGGAGUACUGGAAGACGCGCCCGCACCUGGGCAUGAUGGUCAGCCUCGACCACUCCAUCUACUUCCACGAGCCGAGGCGCGUGAGGGCCGACGAGUGGAUGUUCACCGAGAUGGAGAGCCCCUGGAGCGGCGACGGCAGGGGUGUCGUGCUGCAGAAGAUUUUCGCGAGCGACGGGACGCUGUUGGCGACCUGCGUCCAGGAGGGCCUCAUCCGGUUGAAGCAGGAGGAGGACGACGAGAAGGAACCCAAGUCUAAGUUGUGAGGAGGCGGGGGUCAAGGUAAACGUGAAGGCUAAAGGUGUGUAGAGAUAUUGUAUCAUUUCCAAAUCUGCCUUAACUACACGAACAGGACUAGGCGCAUGGAUUUCCGUCUCGCCCGUUCGAACUGAUGAGAUAGAUGUUGAAGCUGUUGCUGCGCUAGCCCACGAGGCUUGGCCGAGUUUCCUAGUAGCUCCAAUCGUAUCUGCUUG